AAAGCUGUAUAUUCUUUUCACUUCUUCUGCCGAUCAAAUUCUGAAAUGCUGUUCCCCUAUUUGUUAUUCGCUGCUUUCAGCGGCAUCGCGGUGACGGCUACGGAGGACCAAUACGACUACGUGAUUAUCGGAUCGGGUCCCGGUGGCGGCUCUCUUGCCGCGAACCUUGCGAAAGAAGGGCACUCGGUAUUUCUGAUCGAGGCAGGAGGUGAUGCCUCGGAGGAGCUUCCGCAACGCCUUCCAGCUUUAGCUGUUCCCGCCUCCGAAGGUUCCCCCCACGCCUGGCAAUUCUUCGUCAAACACUACAGCAACGAAACCCAAAACCGACGAGACUUCAAAUACACAUACAGACUGAGCAAUGGCUCCUUCCACGUCGGGCCAAAUGCUCCCGCUGACGCAGAGCCACUGGGUCUCUUCUAUCCUCGCGGUGCUACCCUCGGUGGAAGCUCCCAGGUCAAUGCUAUGAAUUUCGCCUGGGCCCCCGACAACGAAUGGGACUACAUCGCCAAUCUUACCGGUGAUAGCUCUUGGGGACAUGAGAGCAUGCGCCAAAAUCUUAUGGAGCUGGAAAAUUGCACAUAUGUGCCACUGGGGACCCCUGGUCAUGGCUUCGAUGGCUUCUUAGAGUCCACCCAUGUAGCGGAUACGGCAUCUGGAAUCUUGUCGCCGGAAAUAUAUUCGUAUGUGGAGGAAGUCUCCCGUCAGGUCGGCGAUGUUUUUCCGGAGAGUAGAGAGCACAUGCGGGAGCUAUUCAGCCGCGAUAUUAAUAGGCUGGACAACGACCGUUAUGAGACUCCGCUCAUGUUUGCGCUUCCAACAGCCAUUUCAGCAACUACGCGUGCUCGCAGCAGCGUCGCAGACUAUAUCAACCAAGUCAUUGACGCGGGCUAUCCUUUAACUGUCAGCCUCCACUCUCUUGCGACCAAAGUCAUCACUGAGCCCUGCGAUGGUAAGCCUAAGGCUGUUGGCGUUGAGUACAUGGUGGGAGAAGCGCUCUAUUCGGUCGACGACAGGUACAAUGCAGACACCACCGGGGAGACCAGAACUGUUCGGGCUAAGAAAGAAGUCAUUGUGUCUGGUGGCUCGUUCAAUACACCCCAAAUUCUCAUGCUUAGUGGCAUCGGCCCUAGAAGCGAGCUAGAGGAGCUGGAUAUUCCUGUCAUAGCCGAUUUGCCUGCAGUUGGAAAAUAUAUGCAAGACAACUAUGAGGCUCCGCUUCAAAUUCGUUCCGAACAGCCAUGGGUCAACAACACGACUUCACCCUGUACGGGAACUUUCGAUAGCUCGGAUCCGUGUUUGGCUCAAUGGGAAAAUAAUGCCACAGGACCGUACGCGGGCUCGGGUGGUACAUUCUUCAUGACCAGCCGAAGCAACGAAAGCUGGGAUAAGGAUGCUGAUCUAUUCUACCUCAGCAUGGCGACCUACGCAGGAACUGGAUUCUACCCUGGUUAUUCCCACUCCACGCCAAACCCACUCUAUUGGACUACCUCAAUCGUGAAGAUGCAGACCGACAAUCCUGCUGGAACUGUAACCCUUCGCUCUAAAGACCCGCGGGAAGCCCCAGCUAUUAACUUCAACUACUUUACUCACAACGCUGAGAAAGAUCUAAGAGCUCUUGUUGAAGGCUGCAACCUGCUAUUGAAGGCUUAUGAUGCCGUUGGUAUUCCAUACGCUCGAAUUGAGCCAGACCCAGCAAUCUCCAUGGAACAGGGCAUCAUGGAUCAGACUUUCAGUCACCACGCGACUUCCAGUUGCCGUAUGGGCCCCGCUGGUCACCGUGACUACUGUGUGGAUUCCAAAUUUCGUGUCAAUGGAGUAGAAAAUCUACGUGUAGUCGACGCCUCUGUUCUUCCGCGGGUUCCAGGUGCCAUGCCUAAUGGGCCGACUUUCACUAUCUCACAGAAAGCAUUCCACACCAUUUUAGAGGAUUCUUAG